CUGCAUUUCUUUGGCUGCAAGUCCACAGCUGUUGAACCCCACUCUGUGUAGUGGUCAUGGGUGGCCUGGGCUGGAGGGUGGGGGAAUUUGUGUUUUCAGCCAGGACCAGAAGGGAAAUGCUGAGAUCAGGGGUCCCCUCCCUUUCCCACCCCCAGCUGUCUCUGUUUCCUCCCUCAUUCCCACUACCCUCCCUCAGCUUCCUGUACCCUUUGGCCUGCCGGUGUCCGGUUUGGAUUCAUCCAGACCUCCCCUUAUCUCCCUCCUUUCCUUCUCACUCUUCCGUCCUUCCCUCCCACCCCCACUUUACUCCACCCCAGAUUACUAGCUGUUUGUAUGGGGGCAGGGGUUAUUGGAUAGCUCUGCCCCAGCCAGAAGUCCAGGUUGGGGUAGUGCUGGGGGCUCAGCCCCUCGGAGCCUGUGAGUCAGCACUGUCCUCGGGAUUGGUCUGUCCCCUCAGCUCCCCGCCCCUGGGGAGGAGCCAGGUGGCUCUAGGUCCAGCCUGUUCUCCUUUCCGCCUAAGAAGAGGCUCCACGCUGGGCGGGGAUGGGGCUUGAAACUAUCUGGGUCUGAGCAGGGGGAGCUGGAGCCACUUGUCCCUCUCCCUCCCCAGGACUCUUGAGAUCCCUGGGCUAUAGAGGUCCAAUUAGGCCAAGGGCUUGGGGAUGCCCCCUGCCUGGCCCCCUUGCCCUGACUGGCAGGGGGGCCGGGCUGGGCAGCAGCCUUCCUCUGCCUCCAGCCAUGGAUCUCCUGCCCCCCAAGCCCAAGUACAACCCACUUCGGAAUGAGUCUUUGUCGUCGCUGGAGGAGGGGGCUUCAGGGUCCACCCCACCGGAGGAGCUGCCUUCCCCAUCAGCCUCGUCCCUGGGGCCCAUCCUGCCACCUCUGCCUGGGGAUGAGAGUCCCACCACUCUGUGCUCCUUCUUCCCCCGGAUGAGCAACCUGAAACUGGCCAACCCGGCUGGGGGGCGCCCGGGGCCUAAGGGGGAGCCAGGAAGGGCAGCCGAGGAUGGGGAAGGGAGUGCAGGGGCAGCCAUGCUGGACUCAGGCCCCCUGCCCCUCCUCCAGGACAUGAACAAGCUGAGUGGAGGCGGCGGGCGCAGGACUCGGGUGGAAGGGGGCCAGCUGGGGGGCGAGGAGUGGACCCGCCACGGGAGCUUUGUCAAUAAGCCCACGCGGGGCUGGCUGCAUCCCAACGACAAAGUCAUGGGACCUGGGGUUUCCUACUUGGUUCGGUACAUGGGCUGUGUGGAGGUCCUGCAGUCAAUGCGUGCUCUAGACUUCAACACCCGGACUCAGGUCACCAGGGAAGCCAUCAGUCUGGUGUGUGAAGCUGUGCCAGGUGCUAAGGGGGCGGCAAGGAGGAGAAAGCCCUGUAGCCGCCCACUCAGCUCCAUCCUGGGCAGGAGUAAUCUGAAAUUUGCUGGAAUGCCAAUCACUCUGACCGUCUCCACCAGCAGCCUCAACCUCAUGGCUGCAGACUGCAAACAGAUCAUUGCCAACCACCACAUGCAAUCUAUCUCGUUUGCAUCCGGCGGGGAUCCGGACACAGCCGAGUAUGUUGCCUAUGUUGCCAAAGACCCGGUGAACCAGAGAGCCUGCCACAUUCUGGAGUGUCCUGAAGGGCUUGCUCAGGAUGUCAUCAGCACCAUUGGCCAGGCCUUUGAGUUGCGCUUCAAACAAUACCUCAGGAACCCACCCAAGCUGGUCACCCCCCAUGACAGGAUGGCUGGCUUUGACGGCUCAGCUUGGGAUGAGGAGGAGGAAGAGCCGCCCGAUCAUCAGUACUAUAAUGACUUUCCGGGGAAGGAACCCCCUCUUGGGGGGGUGGUGGACAUGAGGCUUCGGGAAGGAGCCCCCCUGGGAGCUGCUCGACCCACUCCGCCCAGUGCCCAGACCCCUAGCCACCUGGGAGCUACACUGCCUGUGGGACAGCCCACUGGAGGAGACCCAGAAGUCCGCAAACAGAUGCUGCCACCGCCAUCCUGCCCAGGCAGAGAACUCUUUGAUGAUCCCUCCUAUGUCAAUGUCCAGAACCUAGACAAGGCCCGGCAAGCAGGGGGCGGGGCCGGGCCCCCCACUGCUGCUGUCAACGGCAGUGCGCCCCGGGACCUCUUCGACAUGAAGCCCUUUGAAGAUGCCCUCCGGGCGCCUCAACCUCCCCAGUUGGUGGCCAUGGCUGAGCAGCUCCGAGGGGAGCCCUGGUUCCAUGGGAAGCUAAGCCGGCGGGAGGCUGAGGCACUGCUGCAGCUCAAUGGGGACUUCCUGGUACGGGAAAGCACGACCACGCCUGGCCAGUAUGUGCUCACUGGCUUGCAGAGUGGGCAGCCCAAGCACCUGCUGCUCGUGGACCCUGAGGGUGUGGUUCGGACAAAGGAUCACCGCUUUGAGAGUGUCAGCCAUCUCAUCAGCUACCAUAUGGACAAUCACUUGCCCAUCAUCUCUGCGGGCAGCGAACUGUGUCUACAGCAGCCUGUGGAGCGGAAACUGUGAUCUGUCCCAGAAGGGGCCCUUCAGUCUCUUCUACCCAAUCCCCUGACUCUCAGGACCUCAUUUGGGAGCAUUCUGUGGGCUUGGCCUUAUGUAGGAGCUGGGGGUAGUGUGGACUCUUGAGUUCGGCGUCCAGCUCAGUGAGAGGGUUGGAGUCAGGAGCCUGGGGUAGAAUCCUGCUUCUCCCCAAACCUCACCAAAGUAUUACUGUACAGAGUGGCCCCUUUUCCUGUGCCAACCUAAUACCCCUGCCCCAAGAAAGUGGGUGCUUGAGGCCCGGGCCAUGUGCUUCCUUGUAAUGGAAAAUGUCCUGUGGUUACAGGCCCAAUGGAGCAUCACCCAGGGAAGGGGGAACGAAUCACACCUUUGGUCUACCCCUGGGUUCAGGGUACCUCACACCCCUCUCAACAGCCCUCUCUUCCAGUGUUUAAACUUUGUGCCUUUGACCGUAUCCUAGGUCUGAAGAUAUUUUAUGCAAAGAGUUCUUGGCCCCUGAGGUCAAGGAUGGGGGAGCUGACACCUUGGCUUCUGGGACCUGGUCCUCUCCUUGCUCAGCACCUCCUCCAGUUUAGGUUGGGAGAACAGGCAGGAGUAGUAGAUGUUCCCUCUCCGUGGGGAUAUGCAACCCUGAGAUUGCCUCAGAUCCCCACUCCUGGCCGUGGGGGGAGAAGGACCCUUCCCUUGCUCAGUGCCUCUGGGUGGGGGCCCCUCUCCCAGGGGUCUGUAUAUACAUUUCAUAAGCCCCACUCCCCCCAUGUUGCAUGCAUGUUAAACUACAGCCAAAGUGUAGCCUUCCUACCUGUAGCCUCUGCCCUGCCUCCCCCUGCUGGGAUGGUGGGGGUAUGACUGACUGGGGGCCUCCGGGCUGUAACUCUCCCUGCUGGAUUUUGUGGAGGCCAAACAGAGGCGUGGAGACUUUGAAGCAGCAGACAAUCCCCAAUACCACCUGUAGAUUUGGAACUGCAUUUAUUUCUUAUUUUAUAUGCAUAUAUUUUAGGGCUGUAGGUUUUCUUUCCUAAUUUGUUUUCCAUGGCUUAUUCUCGAGCACAAAAUGAUAAUCGAUUACAUUUAUACAUCACCUCUUUGACUUUUCAAAGCCCUUUUACAACUGUUGGCAUUUUCCUCACUCCAGUCUGUGAGGCAAUUGGGAAAAGCGGCAUUCCUUUUUUACAAGAUACCUGAGGCAGAGAGAAAUCGAUUAUGAGCUAGGGCUAGAAAAUCUUGGGCCUUUACCGCUAGGCUGGGAGGCAGAAAUUUGGCUGAAUGAGUGUUAGUUUCACACGGGGUUAACUUAAAACCGGGCCCUGCGCCAGGCAUGGGGCUGCCACAUCGACAGAGAAGCUGACCCUGCUCUGUCUUUAGGCCGUGUGGAUAAGGGAGAGUUGACUUUUAAUCAUGGCCUCCUUGUUUGGAUGUUUUCACGGGUCUCACUUAUACCAAAGGGAAGUAAUCGUCAUUAAAAUCCGUAUUUCUUCUA